AUGGUGAAAUCAAUCAGAUUGACUGCCUUUUACGGAAUGGAAGACCUGAAACACCUUUAUUUCAUCACUUUCUUUUUUUUGUACAUCAUAAUUCUUGCCAUGAACAUUGUUCUGAUUGGUGUGAUUUGUGUUGACAGAGCUCUGCAUGAGCCGAUGUAUGUAUUUUUAUGCAACCUGGCGUUUAAUGGAUUAUACGGGAGCACUGCUUUGUUACCGCCCUUCUUGGGUACUUUGGUCUCAGAAACCUACGAAGUGUCUCUGUCCUGCUGCCAGGCUCAGAUCUAUUGCAUACAAACAUAUGCAAUAACUGAAUUGACUAUUUUAGCAGUGAUGGGCUAUGACAGGUAUGUUGCUAUAUGUCACCGUCUGCAGUACCACAGCAUCAUGUCUGUUUCAAAGGUGUGUAAGUGCAUUGUGGUCUCCUGGCUUUAUCCACUUCUUGGCUUUACUAUAGUUUUUGGCUUAACGUUGCGACUCAUAUUUUGCAAAAACGUAAUAGACAAGGUGUACUGUAUCAAUUAUUCCCUCAUCAAGCUCUCCUGUGAAGACGCAUCCAUUGUGAACAUUUCUGGACUGGUGUCAGUUAUUGCUUACACUGUUCCGCAGAUCGCAAUGAUAAUUUACUCUUACACACAGAUUCUAAAGGUCUGUUUACACUCCUCCAAAGAAUCACAAAUCAAAGCACUGAGAACAUGUAGCCCCCACUUAGCGGCAGUGUUAAUCUAUUCUAUUGGACUAUUUUUUGAAGUAUGUCAAAAUAGAUUAAACAUGGGUAAUGUGCCUUACGGAACCCGUCUAUUCAUGUCCCUGUACUAUCUGAUAUUUCCUCCCUUGCUAAACCCUGCAAUCUAUGGGAUCAGCAUUAAAGCCAUACGAGUUCGGAUUUAUAAAGUGUUCCGCUGUAAAAUUCUGGUAACACCUAAAACACAGCAGGUAGCAGUGAAAUAAUUCUCUAACUCCUCAUUGUUUUGAGUGUCAUGUUCAAAGCUGGAGGGCUGGAGACCCAUGUCUCAUGUUGCUUCAAGCUGGAACAUCGUAUUGUGGGUAUAUGGGUUGGCUGCUGUUUUCAACACACCAGUAAUGAUGUAUUUAGCAAUAGUCUUUGUCAGUUUAUGCAAUGAUGUCCAUUGUUGUUUUGCUAUGUUGAUCACACCCUGAGCACAUUCUCUGUGUAGGGAACUUGUAGGCCAACACAUACUCAUCCCAACUUGUCAAAUAUUGCAGCCUGGGCAAGGGCUCUUCUCGUCACUAUUCGACAUGUUGGAUAGAUUUCGGCGUCUUCAGUUGACGAGUUGGGGGAUGGGGAUGGGGGGAAAAAUGUAUUCAAAUUUAAGGCUACUACAGACUGGAGCGAUUCACCACCUACUCUGAAAUCACAUAAUGCAUGUAAAAAGCCUCUUGUCACUUACCUUA